GUUUUCUAGAUAUUAUGAAUGGAAAAGAAAUAGUGAAUAAUAAUUCAUCACCAAGUAGCUUUGUGAAGGGAUCACAAAAAUGGCGGAAGAGGUAGUUCUUCUGAAUUUCUGGCCGAGUAUAUUCGGAAUGAGGACGAUGAUUGCUUUGGAAGAGAAAGGAGUGAAGUACGAGUACAGAGAAGAGGAUGUAAUCAAUAACAAGAGUCUUAUGCUUCUAGAGAUGAAUCCGAUUCACAAGAAGAUCCCGGUUCUCAUACACAACGGUAAACCGGUCUGCGAAUCUAUCAUUCAGGUCCAGUACAUCGACGAGGUCUGGUCCGACAAGAACCCAUUUCUUCCUACUGAUCCUUACCAGAGAGCUCAAGCUUUAUUCUGGGCCGAUUUCAUCGAGAAGAAGUUGUGUGUUUGUGGGAGGAGGGCUUGGACAACGAAAGGCGAGGAGCUAGAAGCAACCAAUAAGGAGUUUCUUGAAUUACUCAAGAUUCUUCAAUCUGAGCUCGGAGAUAAACCUUACUUUGGCGGUGCCAAAUUCGGGUUUGUAGACAUUAUCAUGAUUGGAUUUUACUGCUGGUUUCCUGCAUACGACAAGUUUGGUAACUUCAGCAUCGAAUCAGAGUGUUGUAAACUGAUGGCUUGGGGCAAAAGGUGUAUGGAGAGAGAGAGUGUCGCUAAGUCUUUGCCUGAUCCUGAGAAAGUUGUUGGAUACGUUUUACAGCUUAAGAAGUUAUAUGGGAUCGAGUAAGAUAUGAUCUCUAAGUAAAUGCUUUUUAUGUUCUGUUUAGCUCUUUUUUCCUAAUAAUGCAGAGUGUCAGUAAAGUGGAAGACUUUUUUUUCUGAAAAUCGGAUGCCUCUGUUUCGAUUUAAUAGUGAGAAAAACAAAGUUGUUGUAUCAUUCAUCACCAACAAAAACAUAAACAUUGAUUUUAUCAGACUAUGCAAUCAUUUC